AGGAAACCCAGUGUUCACGCUCUGCUUCAUGGCUACGUUACUACGCUCUCGGCUUAGUUAGCGGACGAGCUUUUUUCUGCGUACGUAUGUAGAGCUGCUCACAUUACAUUGGUCGGCAGAGUAGGAGGGGACAGAGAGGACGCUGCUCUGCUGCUGUCCAGCUCUGUGCUGUGCUAUACGGCUGCUCUCAGGACAGGACUCCGUGUUCCUGUGUUAUGGUCUGUGUAGCGACUACAUGCGUGACGUGUUGUCGGAAGAGAAGAGAGGAGAAGCGGAGCAGGUCAAGUUCAGACGCGUCCUCGACGCGCCUUUAAUGUGAACACCAGCAGCGCUGCCUUCAAUGUGUUUCACUAUCAUUUUCAGACACUGUCGGGGGUUUCUGUAGCAGCUGAAGCUCGAGACAUGGAGGCACCAGCGGCGGGAGAAGAGUGCAGGCACACGGAGAGCUGCUUUGACAGGACGUGCUCGGCUCUGACUCUGGACGACGUGUACGAAAUAGCCAAAGUGAUCGGCGCGGAGGUGGAGAAACUUAUCGACGGCUACGGGAAAGAGAGCGUGCUGGGACUGGUGCCGAGGAUAGUGAAGGUGUUGGAGCUGCUGGAGAGCUUCGUGUCGAGGAACCACACUCACAAUCUGAGGGAAGAGGAGCUGCUCAAGACCUUUGAGGCCAUUCAGGACCAACAGCAGAAGAAGCGAGGAGGGAAAGAAGGCGAGGAUCAGAACAGCGACAGGAACCAAACACGGCAGGAGCUGCAGCAGAAAGAGGAGAAGUGGAGGAGGAGGUGUGAGGAGCUGCAGAUCCAAGUGCAGCAGCUCCAGGAGGACAAAGAGGAGCUGCACAGCAGGCUGAAAGGCAGCCAUGCGCAGGGAGACCGUGACCAGCGGCAGGAGCGGGAGGUGAUGCUCAAGCUGAAGCAGGUGGUGGACAAGCAGAGAGAUGAGCUGAGGGCCAAAGUCCAGGAGAUCACCACCAUCUCCAAAGAGGUGGAGGCGCUCCAGGAGCAGCUGGACCGCUUCAUGAAGAUGAACGCGGAGCUGCGGCACAAGCAGAACGUGCUGCAGGCUCAGCUGACGAGCGUCGUGGAGAGGAAGGCCGACAUGGAGGCCGAUCUGAAGGAGAAAACCAAAGACAUAGAAAACCUCCAGGCUCAGUUGGACAGAAGCAGAAGCAGCAGCAGCCCAUCUAGUCCAAGUCAAACAGUGCACCAGUCAACAAGAAAGGCACCAGGUGAACAGAAGGAAUCCGAUCAGCCGUGCUUCACCAAGAAGGAGGUGCGCGACAUCAUCUUUGAGAGGAACGAGCUUAAAACCAACCUGUUCCUGGUGCAGGAGGAGCUCAACUACUAUCAGAGGGAAAUCCUAAAUGAAGAGCGGUGUCCGGGUUUCCUCUUGGAGGCCGUCCGCUCAGCCAUCAGAAAGAGAAGAAAACUAAUCAAGGCCAAGAUGCUCGGCAUUUCUGUCCAUGAAUGCAGCAGCAGUGACGAGGAGGACAGGAGUUCUCUGUAUGGACGGACAGAAGUAGACGGCCCUCAAGUGGACAUCACUGACAAACCAGCAGAGUCACGCAUUCAGCAUCUCUUUGGCUUCCUGACACGGUCUGGCAGUUUCCGGAGCCCCGCCCACAUGACCAACUCCGCCUCCACCUGGGAGAUCAUCGGAGACUCAGAGGCCACAGAUGAGACGGAGCAACAACCGUCUCCCUGAACCCGGUCACAACAUCUCUCUCAGCUGGGUCGUAGCUCAGUAAGGGUCAGGAGGUCAGUGGGUCAGUCCAAAUGUCAGGAGGUCGUCUGAGUGCAGCCCCAGUGUAAAUUACACAAAAGCACUGUGUGAGUGUGAGACAAGAAUGUAUGAAUGUUUAAACCCUUCAGCUUUAUUUUAACUUUCAGUUCCCAUUCUUUUUUUUUAAAUAUAUUGUCAGUAGAAGUGGAAAAUAAGAGGAACUGUGUUUCACCACUGUACAAAAACAGUGCUGAGGGACACAACACAAAAGAUUAUUACUUUUGUAGGAUUUUAGUAUUAAUAGAAAAAUUAUAUUUUUCCUCAUUGUGUUUUUUUUUUGGUAAUUUUUAUCUAAUGAAAAUAUGAAUUUAGGUGUAGAUAUUUAUAGAGCCAUUUUAAACCAAAAACCAAAGACAUCACAAAUACAGUAUGUAUGUUUUAAAACUGAACAUUAUAUUAGGUUAACCUCUUACCCACUAGAGGGCAUUGUUUCAUUUGACAAUUACUAUUUGAAGUGCAAAGUGUUGUAAUUCAUUGCACCAGACUCUUCCAGCGGUGAGUGUAUUUUAAUAAAUGAAGCCUUAAAUGUGUUCAAACACAGCAUAUUUUCUUAACUUUUUAAUCAUCAGUCAUUUCCCUGCUCUAAAGUGUUUGGCUGCUGUGUGUUUGAGGGACUGCUGUUCCAGCCUCUGCUGAGUGGUCAGUUCACUUGAGAAGGAAGUCGUGCGCUUCCUUGUGGAAGCGAGAGCAGGCGUGGGGAUUUUCUCUUCUCCAACAUCAACUGACGUAAAAAAAAUCUGAACAUUGUUUUGUGACGUCUGACCAGAGCAGCACUCACGCUGACCACUGCUAUUGUGUUUGCUAAGAGACGGUGACCUUCAAAUCAGACGGUGUCUUGUUUGCAGUAUAUUUUUGUAAGCAUGUUCGUAGUGAAACAAUUUCUCAAUUGCCAUGGGAGUGUACUUUAUUGAAAAAGGGGACAAAAACAAGUCCAAAUGUGUAUUUUUUUGCGUCAAAAUUCAAUAAAAUCCUUUCAACACAGA